AUGGGAAUAUUUGUAAUCACCGAUGGAGAUUUGUUGGCAUAUUGGUGGGGACAAUGCAAACAAAACCCUUCCAUGAAUGAACAAAAACUUUCGAGGGCUCUCAGAACAUACUACAAAUAUCCAAAAAUUCUUAAAAAAGUACGUCAUUCAAGAAAUACCUACAUGUUCCUCAAUAGAAGAACAGAACAAAUCCCAACACAUAUGUCACCGGAGCAGACUAAAGAAAUAAAUAUCCCCAAUAUGUCGUAUCCCCAAUACACUGUUCAGACAGAAGAAAUCCAGCCACAAAUCUGUCAGUUUUAUAUGCCAUUUGAGGAUCCGUAUUAUUCAUAUUAUGUGCCAAAUAUUUAUUAUCCGAAUUAUACAUCAUAUGACUACAAUUAUUCUGAAGAUUCAAAUUGUCUCAAUCGUUAUUCAAAGGAAUUGGAUGAUAUUCUUUUUCCCCUCGAAAACGAAUUUGGUUCUACAAUUAAUGACCAGGCUCUAACAGAACCAGAUUUCUACACAUCAUACUAUAAAUAA